AUGGCAAAGCAUCUCGUCGUCUCUCGAGCAGGUGGGGGCAUUUCUAUUGCGGUUGUUCAGGGAUUCUCGGGUCUCCAGCCACCUCUGCCCCUGUUCUGCGUCCCCACUGUUGGCCACAUCAACCCUUCCACCGCCCGGCUGUUGGCGUAUGCUCAAGUCAUCGACAUGGUGGGCCGUGUAGACGAUGCUGUCGUCGCCGACCUCGUCGCCGCGGCCACUCGACUGAACAUACUUAGGGUCAGGGCCAACGUCCUUGGCACACUUGUCGCGGCGGCACGAACCGUCGUCCUUUGGCACGACGCCUACGCCGAGCCGUCCACCACCGCCACCACCACCACCGCCGCCGCCGCCUAUUCCAGUACCCCGAUUACCAAAGAGGUGGUCAACGUUCCUGUCGGCAGUGUCAUGGAUGCACUCAUGGUAUGCUCGGUCCGGCUGCGCAACACGCGUGCGGAGGAAGUUGUCUUCCAUUUCCGCAAGUGGGGUUCCAAGCUUCGCCACCACGACACCAAGACCCUGCUCCGCGACGGCCUGGCAAUCAAGGUGGCACCGCACAAGGGCCAAUACCGGCGGGUCACCGUUGUGGGCCUCGAGAGCGACGACAAGACGUCCCCGUAUGCUCUGGAGUGGGAGGACGAGAUGGACGCCGACAAGGAGGAACGGACCGGGAGCGACGACCUGGAUCAAGUGGUUGCUGCCGGCCGUCGACGCCUGCGCUUCAUGUGUUGCAAUCAGUAUCGUGCGCAAGUCGGCGCGGACCAAUACUGUCUCGAGACGUUCUCAACGACACAUCCCAGCACAAUCACGUUGUCACGGCACGACGUGGAGGAGCCGCGUGUCGCCACCGACAAGCCAUAA